AUGUUGGGUUGGACAAUUUCAGGAAAACAGUCUUCAACAGAAAGUCAAACAGAGAAGCAGUUCUUCAUGAAAACCGGAUAUGAAGAAUUUGAGAAGCUGUGCUCACUGGAUGUUUUGGGAAUUAGGGAUGUGGAUAGCAAAGAAACUUCAAUGAUUCAUGAAGAAUUUAGACAACAGUUGAGUAUGACAGAACAGGGAUACUACGAAACGAAACUGCCAUGGAAGGAAGAUCACAUUCCUCUUCCUACAAACAAAGGCUUAUGCACAGCUCGACUGUACAGCACAUCAAAGAAACUAGAGAGAAUGGGGAAAUUAGAGGAGUACAAUGACAUUAUGAGAGAACAAAUAAAUGAGAGAAUUAUUGAGCCUGCGCCAUUUCAUCAAACAGGGGAGGUCAUUCAUUAUGUGCCACAUCAGGCUGUUAUCAGAGAGAAAGCAGAAACAACAAAGAUGAGGAUAGUGUACGACUGCUCAGCAAAAGCCAACACAAAAAGCCCCUCACUCAAUGACUGCUUAGAGACAGGCCCCUCACUACAGCCACUACUGUUUGACAUUAUGAUAAGGAACCGUAUGCGAAAAUAUUGCAUCAGAGGAGACAUCCAGAAGGCUUUUCUUCAAAUUCGAGUACACGAACAAGACAGAGAUGCAAUGAGAAUUUUGUGGUACAACAAUCUACAAGAUCGUCAACUGAUGGAGUACCGUUUUACACGGGUGAUCUUUGGAGCAACUUCAAGUCCAUAUAUCCUAGGAGUAACACUGCAAAAACACAUUGAGAACUAUACGGAAAACUAUCCAAUAACAGUCCAAACCCUAUUGGAUGAUACAUAUGUUGACGAUAUUCAAGGAGGAGGAGAGACAGAACGUGAUGUUGCAGUAUUCAAAGAAAAAUCUACCAAAAUACUAUCAGAAGGUGGGUUUUCACUUCACAAAUGGCACAGCAACAUCACCCAUCUUAGCUCCAAAAACAACAUAAAACAUGAAGGGACUGAUAACACAUCAACCAGUGACACAAAGAUUCUCGGUAUCCCAUGGAACAAGAUGGAAGACACACUGAUUCUUGACUUUGAGCCAGGCUUAAAAGGCAGUGAACCAACUACUAAACAGAAAAUGAUAUCGGAUAUUAACAGCAUUUAUGACAUACUUGGGUGGAGUUCACCAGUAAAUAUCACUGCAAAAUUGAUCUUCAGUGAAGUUUGUCUCCUUCAGUUACAUUGGGAUGAAAGGGUGCCAGAGGGAAUUCACAAAAAAUGGUGGAUGUGGAUAAAGAGCUUGCAACUAGCACCAACCAUAAUCAUACCACGCUGUGUGUUUACCGACACACCCACAAGUUUUGAGAUUCAUGGAUUUGCAGACGCCAGCAAAGUAGCUCUCUGUGCUGCAGUCUAUGUUGUGGCAUGCCGGGACUCAAAACCAGCACUAGCUGCAUUUCCCAUCACAGCCUGGAAUAGUUGGGUAGACAGCACAACAGUUUUGUAUUGGCUUCAAAACCACGGUGAAUGGUCAACAUUCGUUCGCAAUCGAGUAAGAAAGAUCGGAGAGCUUACAGAUGCUCAGUGUAGAUAUGUACCGACAACAGAAAACCCAAGCGACUUAGGGACCAGAGGCACAACGCCAGACCGUCUUGGUACACUUUGGUUCAAUGGGCCAAAGUGGCUUUCAAGUGAGAUAGACAGACCAGUUCAACCAGAGAUUUCUGAAUCAGCAGGCACGAAAACAGAAAAGAGGUCAACGAAGUACAAUAAAGCUAUGCUUCUGACAGAAGAUGAGAACGACUUGAAUAAAUGGGUACAAGACCUCCUGAGCCGAUUUUCCUUCUGGAAGCUUUUGCGCAUAACGACACACAUAAAGCGUUUUGCAGACAGCUGUAGAGGGAUGAGACGGAUUGGGCCUCUCACUAAAUCUGAGAUGUCAGCAGCGGAAACAGUAUGGAUUAAAAUGACACAACAAACAAACAGAAUGACAGUCGACAUUGCAAUAUCAGUAGAUCAUGACGGGAUACAGAGAUGCAGCAGUAGAAUCCAAGGUUACAAUCCAAUCUACAUUCCACGAAAGACAGCCUUAGCGAGACGGAUAAUUGAGCAUUGCCAUAUUCUAACAUUACACGGGGGAGUAGCCACAACAAUGAGUAAGGUGAGAGAGAAAUACUGGAUUCUAAAACUGAGAUCCCUAGUCAAAUCAAUACUACACAAUUGCAACCAUUGUAAAAAGUACCGUGCAAAAAUGUUGGAUGCACCUGUGACAUCAGUUCUGCCUGCCUUCCGAACUGAAUUUACUGAGCCCUUUGAUGUGACAGGUGUGGACUUUGCAGGACCACUUCACUACAAAUUAGGCAAGAGUGAAACGAAUAAGUCUUACAUCGCUCUCUUUACAUGUGCAACUACCAGAGCUGUACACUUAAAGCUGUGCAGAGAUAUGUCAACGAUAGAAUUCAAACGUGGACUGAAGGAGUUUGUUGCACGGAGAGGAUCACCAAGUUGUAUGGUGAGUGACAAUGCCAAGACAUUUGUUGCGACCAAGAUGUGGCUAACUAAGCUUCAGAAUGAUGAAGAUAUAUUCAACUACCUCACAACAAAGGGCAUUGAGUGGAGAUUUAACCUGUCACGCUCUCCAUGGUGGGGUGGUUUCUUUGAGAGACUCAUUGGCAUCACAAAAAGAGCCCUAUCCAAAACUAUAGGACGAGCGCUGCUGACGUUCGAAGAACUUGAGGAAGUACUGCUGGAUGUAGAAGUUUUCAUGAACAACAGACCAUUGUGCUACAUGGAGGAAGACUUAGAACAAGUAGUUAUCACUCCAAAUAUGUUGUUACGCGGACAGCCAGCACGUUACCUAGAGGACAAUGUUCAUGACUUAGAUGAUGACAUAGGCAAACGUCUAAAAUACCUUAAGACCUGUAGAGAACAUGUACGUAAACGUUGGUUGAAUGAAUAUUUACAUGCAUUACAGGAGCGUAAUACCAAGGGGUUAGAAACCAAAAAGCAUGAAUUGCCAGGAAAGAACUCUGUCAUUCUACUGAAGGACUCAACAAAGACCCAAGCAAAUUGGAAGAUAGGACGCAUUGUAGAUACCAUUGUUGGUAAGGACGGAGUGAUCAGAGGAUACAAAAUCAAGACAGGCAGUGGCUACAUCGUUGAAAGGCCACUCCAAUUGGUUUGUGACCUAGAAAUCAGCAAUACAAAUGAUGAAACUCCAGUGAGUGAUGAUAUUAAAUCAGAAGAACCAGUUGGGACCCUCAAGAACCAGAAUGUGAGUCGUCCAAGUCGAAAGGCAAAGACUGCUGCAGUGAACCGCUUAGUUGGUGUCAUUGCAAACGAGAUUGAGAACGAUUAG